GCCUUAAAGAUCCAUGCGCCUGUUCCAUGCGGUCAUUUCUAAGCCGUUUGUACGACCAGCGCCCGUGCCUCCUCCUGCAGCUCCUGCUUUUCAGAUUCAAUAGUCUCCUACUACUGAAAAGCUCAAAACGACUUAAAUAACAUGUCGGACGAAGGUAAACUCUUCAUCGGUGGUCUCAGCUUCGACACCAACGAAGAAUCUCUGUCUGCGGCCUUCUCCAAGUAUGGAACCAUCGAGAAGGUGGACGUGAUCAGAGACAGAGAGACCGGGAAUUCCCGCGGUUUCGGCUUCGUGAAGUACGACAACGCCGAGGAUGCCAAAGACGCAAUGGACGGCAUGAACGGAACCUCCCUCGAUGGCCGGUCAAUCCGCGUCGACGAGGCAGGUAAAGGCGGUGGUCCUAGGGGUGGCGGCGGAUCAAGAGGCGGGCGCGGAAGAGGCGGAUAUGGCGGUGAGAGAAGCUAUGGCGGAGGAGACAGAAGCUAUGGCGGCGGCGGCGGCGGAGGAGACAGAAGCUAUGGCGGCGGCGGAGGAGACAGAAGCUAUGGCGGCGGAGGAGGAGAAAGAAGCUAUGGCGAAAGAUCAAGCUACGGAUCCGACAGUCGUUCCGGCGGCGGCGGUGGCUACAGAUCCGGCGGAGGCAGCGGCGGAUACUCACGAGGUGGUGGAGGAGGAGGAGGCGGCGGCGGCUACAGAGACAACAGAGGCAGUCGCGAUGGCGGAUACGAAUAAAGCAUUCUUCCCGCUGGCUUAAAAACAGUGGUUUAAAUAUAAUUGUGUUGAUAUGGACUAAGUAAAAGUUGUGUUUUCCCAGCAAGCUCCAUUCACGGUGACAGAGCGCCAUAAUACUUUGACUUUGAUUUGAUUUUGAUAAUAAACAGCCUCAGGCCUUGUGAGUCACAAAUAGGUGAGUGUUUUUUUUAUUGUUAUCCGGGUAGCCAUUGCAAGCAGAUGAACUCGUCGCCUAGUGACACACAAGUGACUCCAGAUAAACUCUUAACAUGCUCUUUGAUCCAGUUUCAACAUUUUCUACUUACCUCUGCUUUUUGAGGGAGAAUUCUCAUAAUGUCUGAUCGAGAGGAUAGAUAGUCAGAGAGCAAAACAGUCACACUGAGAAUAUUCUGUGAAUCCAUUGGGCUAAAUCCUUCGGUCAAUUUCACGGAAAUAUAAGAUUUUUUAUUUUACCCCACACCAUGUAACUAGUUAAUGUAUUUUGCCUGGGAUAUUUGUUGCAGGGUAAAAUUGUCAAUUUCCAGUUAAAGUAUGUCUAAAGAAAUCCACAAUCAAUCCUAAAUCCUGCAAUGAUAUCAACUCUGCUGUUCCCAGUCAGUGUAGAGUAAGUCCACACUGACUCUGUAUGUGAUCAUAAUAAAGGUUUACAAUUUAA